UCUGCGCUCUCGAUGCAAUUUUGUUUUUUCUUGUUUCGUUUUCACUCGCCCUCGUCUAGUUGGUCUAGUCGCCAAAAUCAGCUGCGUUGAAUACACUUUUUGACAAAUCAUGCAGCGGUGAAUGAGUAAUCCUGCGGCCCGAUUUUCCUGUCUUCUGCAGGUUUAGUCGCACAUCAGCUCUCGACUGCAGUCGACGUGUGAAUAUUGAAAACUGCCUAUUAGAAAAAAAGAGGUUGAAGAUGGAAUUACCCGAUUUGGGCGACCACUGCUCCGAGCCAUCCUGCAAACAAUUAGAUUUUCUGCCUGUGAAAUGCGAUGCCUGCAGUCAGAUAUUCUGCCACGCCCACAUGAAAUACGGAGAUCACAAAUGUCCCUCAUCGUACAAAAAAGAUGUCCAAGUACCUGUGUGCCCUCUUUGCAAUCAACCCGUCCCUGUUGGCAAGAAUCAGCAAGCAGAUUUCGUAGUCGGGGCCCAUAUUGACAAUGACUGCCAAAGUCAACCAGCCCAAGCAAAGAGAAAAGUCUUCGCCAAUAAGUGUUCAAUGAAAGGGUGUCGCCAAAAAGAAGUUGUUCCUGUUCUGUGUGCUGAUUGCAGUCUGAAUUUUUGUCUCCGGCACAGACACGAGCAGGACCACCAGUGUGAGGGAAAGGAGGCUGGGAGGAGACGGAGGGCUGCUGAGGCAGCAAUGAACAGACAAGGCAGCUCCUCUGGGUCUGUGCAGAGUGUCUUCUCAAGUGCAGCAAGUGCUGCAUCAAAAAUGUUCUCAAGAGCUCCUCGACAGGCACCUCCAGUUUCAGCAAUCCAGGGAUCAAUGAGUGAAGACGAAGCCCUUGCAAGAGCAUUAGCAGCCUCAAUGAAUUCCACAUCUGCGCCUAGUCAAGCAGUGCAAUCGCCAACUUUGACGCAGCAGGAGGAAGAAGAUCGGCAAUUGGCUUUUGCUUUACAGCAAAGUGAGCAGGAGGCGCGGCAACACCAGAGGACUCGAACAGCUUCUGGAAAUUCAAGCAGCAAAAACUGCAAUGUUUCUUGAUUCUCACGAUCAGUUGCAAGUUCUCAGUAUUCAAUCACAUGCUAAACAGGAAAAUUUUUGAUUUUUCUAGACAAAGCAAUAUGGUUUUACUGUUUGACCUUCAUCAAGUUCACUUGAUCAGCUGUUACACACACCUAUAUACACAUUCUGUUCAACACUGUCCAAUCUCUCUCUACCAGAUGAGCUAUUCUUGUGAUAAAUUUUAUGCUGAUUUUAUUCUAUACUACUACACAAUCAAUCACUUUUACCUGCAUAUUCUAUUUUAAUGACAUGUAUUGUUCCUUUGUGGAACACUAUUUUGUUGUAAAUAUUAUGUCCAUACACAAGAAUUAUUAUUUCGAUUGUUCUUUUUUGGUAAAAAAAAACCUGUGAAAAUAAAGGAAGGUUUUGGGAA